CAAUACGAUAAGAAAUUGACCACUACAAUCUGUUGUCUUGCAAGUCGGAAUGAUUUGGUUUGCAUUGUUGGCUUUUGUUGUUAGCUGUGUUCAAGCUGAUCUGCUUCCAUUGGAACUGACAACAUCGGUCGGAUGCUACUACCAAGGAUCUUAUUAUCCCGUGGGUUCCUUUGACCCGUCACCAUGCGAAUAUUGCCAGUGUUCCACCAGUGGGAAGGCGAUGUGCGCCAUUGCGGACUGCUUUAUCACUCCGUGUGUUGACGCCGUCCACGAGAAGGACAAAUGUUGUCCCACUUGUCCAAACGGUCAUAAUUGCAAGGCCCCGGAUGGACAUAUAAUUAAGGUCGGGGAGACGUAUCACAUGGAUUCCUACACGAUCUGUCAUUGCGAUGGACACCAGUGGGGCUCUAACCUCGCGUCUUGCGCUAUCAGACACGUUGAUCCAGUUAUUCAUCAUUUGCAUGGAUAAAUGUAUAAUUUUUGAUAGGCAAUUAUAAAGAAUAUAUUAGCUUU